CUGUCAGAGAGUCAUCUGUCCACACUGAGUCAGUACGUGCUUGUCCUAACAGCAGCUUACUUUCUGCAUUACAAACUUUUUAAAGUCUUUUUCCAUCUUGGCUGGGCUUUAUUAACACAUGUACUGAAGUUAUACACUCUCCCUGGUGACUGCUAACAAUCAAGUUUUGAGUGCAGAAAAUAACACCAAAGCAAUGGCUGAACUCAAGUAUAUGUCAGGUUUUGGCAAUGAGUUUACUUCUGAAGAUCCUCGAUGUCCUGGAGCACUACCUGAGGGCCAGAACAACCCACAAGUUUGCUCAUAUGGAUUAUAUGCUGAACAGCUAUCAGGGUCUGCAUUUACCUGCCCCAGAUCAACUAACAAGAGAAGCUGGUUGUACCGAAUCUUACCAUCAGUCCAUCACAAGCCAUUUGCUCCAGUUUUCCAAGAGAAUCUGACACACAACUGGGAUGAAGUUGAUCCAGAGCCAAAUCAGCUUAGAUGGUUGCCAUUUCAUAUUCCACAUGCUGUUGACAAAAAAAUGGAUUUUGUUGAGGGAUUACAUACUAUUUGUGGUGCUGGAGAACCCAAAUCCCGAAAUGGCAUUGCUGUUCACAUCUAUAUAUGCAAUACUUCCAUGAUUGACAAAUCUUUUUACAACUCUGAUGGAGAUUUCCUGAUAGUGCCACAGCAAGGGAAAUUACUAAUUAUCACUGAAUUUGGCAAAAUGCUAGUGGAGCCUAAUGAAAUAUGUGUUAUUCAGCAAGGGAUGCAUUUCAGUGUGGAGGUAUUUGGAGAGACACGGGGAUAUGUCUUAGAAGUGUUUGGUGCACAUUUUGAAUUGCCUGAUUUGGGUCCUAUAGGAGCCAAUGGUUUAGCCAACCCAAGGGACUUCCUGGUACCGGUUGCCUGGUAUGAGGAUAGACAAGUUCCUGGUGGCUUCACUGUCAUUAGCAAGUUCCAGGGAAAACUGUUUGCUGCCGAACAGGAUUCCUCUCCUUUUAAUGUUGUGGCCUGGCAUGGGAACUACAUGCCCUAUAAGUACAACCUGGAAAACUUCAUGGUUAUCAAUGCUGUUGCUUUUGACCAUGCAGAUCCUUCCAUUUUUACUGUACUAACAGCAAAAUCAACUCGACCAGGAGUGGCCAUUGCUGACUUUGUCAUCUUCCCUCCUCGCUGGGGUGUGGCUAACCGAACCUUCAGACCACCUUAUUAUCAUAGGAACUGCAUGAGUGAGUUUAUGGGCCUGAUCAAAGGGCACUAUGAAGCGAAGGAGGAAGGUUUCCUACCAGGAGGGGCAAGCCUGCACAGUAUAAUGACUCCACAUGGACCUGAUGCAGACUGCUUUGAGAAGGCAAGCAAGGCAGAACUCAGACCAGAGAGAGUUGCAGAAAACACCAUGUCAUUUAUGUUUGAAUCUUCCUUAAGCAUGGCAGUGACCAAAUGGGGCCUUAAGACUUGCAAUCGUUUAGAUAAAAGUUAUUACAAAUGUUGGGAGCCACUGAAACGCCACUUCAAUCCAAACUGGAAACCAAGUGGCAAGUAAUUGCAGGGAAGCGAUACUUGACUAUCUCAGAACAUGAAAAGGAUUCUCUAUCCCCCCUCCACCAAGCAUGUCGGAGUGAAUGAUACUAUCUAGCCAAACCAGCACAUUUGUUCUUCAAUUUGCUGCAAAGUACCGAGUAUGAUACAAAAAAAGUGGUAUAUGAGUAAUAUGUUUGUAUAGCUGCUCAUGAUAAAAUUAUUCAAAUAAAAAGGAUAUCUAAAUAUUGCAAAUAAAGCCUUGUGUUACAAAAUA